AUGCGCAAACGCGCCGCACUGGCAGUGGCCGCCGAGGCCUACACGCUCUCGUACCUGGUCCUCUUCGCCCUGCUGGGCACCCUGGCCCGCCUGACCCUGCAGGCCCUCGCCAGCUUCCCCGGCGCCCCCGUCGUGUUCGCCUCGGUGUGGCCCAACUUUGCCGGCAGUUUCGUCUUUGGCCUCGUGGCUGACGACCGCGUCCUGCCCCGGCCCGUUCUCUCUGCUGCUGCUGCUGCUGCUGCCGCUGCUGCCGCUGAGGCUUCCGCGUCUCCAUCCGGUGAGAACCACGGCGUCUCGGACGACCCCGAGUCCACCUCUCGGCAGCCGACGACGACGCCGGCCCCGAGAAAGAAGAAGACGCCCCUCCACGUUGGCCUGACCACCGGCUUCUGCGGCUCCUUCACUUCCUUCUCCUCCUUUGCCAGGGACGCCUUCCUGGCCCUGGUCGACGGCCUCGCCCCUGAUCCGCCCGGCAGCAACAAUGCCGGAACCAGCGGUGGUCGCUCCUUCAUGGCCCUCCUCGCCGUCCUCCUCGCCACCGUCUCGCUCUCGCUCGCCGGCCUCUUCUCGGGCGCCCACGCGGCCCAGGCCCUGAAGCCCGCCGCCGCCGGACGCCCCGCUGCCCUCGGUUCCGUCCGGACCGCCCUCGACCGCGCCGCCCUGGUCGCUGCCUGGCCCUGCUGGGUGGCCGUCGUCGUGCUCGCCGCGGCCGCCGCGCCCCUGUCGGAUGCGUGGCUGCGCGGCCAGGUGCUGUUCGCCCUCGCCUUCGCGCCCCUCGGCUGCCUGGCCCGCUACUACCUCUCGGCCGCCCUCAACGGCCGCCUGUGGCCCCGCUUCCCGCUCGGCACCUUCGCGGCCAAUGUGGCGGGCACCGCCGUGCUGGCCGCCGCCUGGGACCUCGCCCGCGCCCGCGCCCGCCCCGACGGCGGCGGCGGCGGCCUGGCCGGCUGCCUGGUCCUGCAGGGGGUCCAGGAUGGCUUCUGCGGCUGCCUCACGACCGUGUCCACGUGGGUUGCCGAGCUGGCCGAGCUGGGCCGCCGUCGCACGCGCGACGCCUACGUCUAUGGCGCGUCGAGCGUCGCCGUGGCCCUCGUUCUGACUAUCGCCAUCAUGGGGGGUUUCGCGUGGUCACAUCCGGGAGACCUGGAGAUGCACUGCGUAUACUGACUAUGGCUAGCUUUAUUUCCCACCGUAAUCGUAGAACUGCAAAAGAAGCUAAUAUAGCAAAAUAAUAAUAAGGAGGAUCAUCACCUUUAUAAAACAUUCAAAAUAUUCAUUCAAUUGUGUCGGCGAAAUCACCAAGUGUAGUAGUGGAUGACAGCUGAUGGAUGUC